AUGGACAACCCUCUCCAGAUUACACAGCUCCUCAAAUCAGUGGGAGCUGAUCUCGUUAAUGAGUACAUCAGCGAGAUAUUUCCGACACCUGUCGUCGCGUCUGGGUGGCACAAAAUUGAAAAUGCCCCAGACUGGAUUGAUAUGCAUGCUUUCAUGGGCUGGAUGAGCCGCCGUCUUCAGUCACAGCCAAAAUCCCAAUCCACCCCUACAUCUUCUCGACACAUUAAACGCGAGCCUAUCGCCCUGACUCCAAUCAUCAAACGCGAGCCAGAUAUAAUUAGUCUUACCGAUUCUGAUGGCUCUGAUGUUAUUGAGUCUGUCGGCGCACCUUCCCGGGCCACCCUUGCUCCUCAGCGACAUCGCAAAGCCUCCUCCAUGGGAAAGAAAAGGCCUCGAAAAUCAUCUCCCAUCGAUUCCAAAGGCUCUGACUGUGAAGUACUCGACAAGCCUUCUACUGCUGCACCACCACCACGGCGUCAUCGUAAAAUGGCUCCAUCCCAGAAGAAACGUAGGAUUCGAAAAGGUUCUUCCUCCGAGGAGGAGAAUGAAUAUAUCAAAAUUACACGACAACUCAAAGUGAAGAACCUUGUUACGCUCACGGAACUUCCAAAAACUUGGACUGUUCCGAGGCCCGAAGAUGACAUUGCAUAUCUCCUUGACCUCAGUGAUGAUACUCGUGUGUGGGAAGAUGAAUCAGGCAAGGCUCUAUCUAUGGCAGCCAUUCUCAAGAGCGAGGACCAGGAUUCGUGGGGUGGUGGGAGCUGUGGUUCUAUCAAACCGGCAAAGACACCAAAGGUCAUCCCGCUCGAUAACCAGCCCUGUCAAUAUGCGGAGCACCGUUGUCAGGGGGUCUACCACUGUAGUGAGAUUGAUCCCAGCCUUUUAGAUUCCUGCGAGCGCUAUGAGCCUGAUGAAGAUGAGCGCCGAGAACUUUUUAAUGCGGAACGAGAAGUUAAUAUGGAAGAAACAUCUAUUGUCGAGUUGCGAGCAGUUGCCUUUGUCAAAGAAGCCGAAGGGAUUGCAUGUCCCGCUGUUGAUGAAAGUGGAACCCCAUGUGCAGGAGUCGCCAUUGACAUUUUAAAUUUUGACGUUCAAUAA